AUGAACGACUAUCUCCACGGGAGCUACGGCAAAAACACCGUUGUCAUCUCGGGCCGUGAAGUUCCAGCAUGGGGGAAAUGCGGUGACCAAAGCGGCUUCAAGCUCUGCACCCAGGGCUUCUACUGCCAGCCUUGGGGAUCGUACUACUACCAGUGCAUCGAGAAGCCCAAAAGCUGCGAGGUCUACACCAACGUGGACCUGUACGGGAACGACAUCAAACGGAUCCAGGGAAUCAAACCGGGGGAGUGCUGCGACGAGUGCGACAAGACCAUGGGCUGCGUGGGCUACACGUACGUGAACGACGACCCUCGAGGAACUCAGUGCUACCUGAAGAACAGCGUCGACGGGUGGGUGAAGAAAUUUGGUCUCCACUCAGGAACGAUGCCCAACCUUCCGGCCUGGUCCAAGUGCGGUGACUACUCCGGAUUCAGGCCUUGCAUUGAUUCCUUCUACUGCCAGCCAUGUGAUUGGAGCUAUUACCAGUGCAUCGAACGCUACGUAGAAACAAACAUCGACUACUACCGGAACGACAUCAAGAGAUGCGAUUCGUACACGUACAUUAACGACGACCCCUUUGACACCCAGUGCUACCUCAAAAGCAGCAACGCUGGACGCGGUGCGAUCUCUGGUCUUGUCACGCCUGUCACGAGGUCAACAUAG